AGCCCAAUGUUGCUUGCCUUCCUUCCAACCAAGUUUGCUUGUGCAAUGCACUGAAAUGCCGUUACUUUAGAUUGGUGAAAAGAAAAACUAAUUUUCCUAAAAUAGAUUCGAUAAGUAGAUCUUUGUCCAAUUAUAAAAUAUUUGACAACAUAAAAGUUGCUGAUCGACGUAAAGUGACUUAUACCAGAAUGAGUUGGCAAGAGCAGUAUUCGACUCCAACUUUUCAGCCAGUGACUGUUCCGGGAAUGCGAGCGUCUGACUUGGAGGCACAGAUGUAUUACAACAGUUCUCAGGGUUAUUAUCCGUCCGUCCCGGGCCCCAUGUAUCACAACGGUCAGAGUGCUGUGUUUACGAACACAGGAUACUACCCUCAAGCAGUACCGGUGGAUGGCUUUCAUCAGGGGUACAGUGAAGUGUACGUGCCACAGGGCUUUCGUUCGACAAACAGUUACGGCACUCAAAGUUCCAACUAUAAUGUGCCAGACAUGCAGAUGCAGACUGAUAUGGCAUCUGGCAGUGGGGGAGCAAACACGGAUGGUUCGUCAUAUGCUGCGUCGUCUACCUACCCACAUCACCAAGAGGCUGGGUACCAAAGUGACAGGGGCAGGGAUAAAAAACAGGGCAAGGGCAGGGGUAGAGGAAAUGGUUGGGGGCGUGGGAACAGAGGUCGUGACCAUGGUAACGGCCGACACUACUAUCCCGAGCAUCAUGAUUCAUCGCAAACAAACUAUUAUAACGGUGACCAGUACUAUCAUCAUGACAAUCAUCAUUAUAAUUCAAAUGUGGGCAGGAAGUCGAGAGGAAGAGGUGGCCCCAAAUAUGCUGAUUAUUCCUCGAGACAAAAUUACAAUCAAAUCGGUAAUGGAGACGGAAACUCGCAAGAUUUUUAUUCCGACAAGGGACAUGUUUUUGAAAGAGGUGGGAAAUAUGGAAACAAGAAAAGGGCAGAACAGCAGGCACGCAGAAACGAUGAUGUCAGCACUCCUGAUGGUGUGAGUGCUGUCUCUGAUUAUGUCCCAGAACAGGUGGACUUGAAGAGAGUGUCUGGAACCAAAGGAUUCGAUUCUGAGAAGAAUCGAAAAAGCACUACAGUGGCCUUUGCGAAUAGUGAGGGUCCUGGGAGAAAGCAGCGGCACUAUGGUGAAGGAACUGGUGUUAACGUAAUAAACGGUGAGAAGACAAACUCAGCAGAGAGGCAGGACAGAGACCCCCAGACAUACGAAUUGAAACAGCAGUAUCAAAAGCGAAAGAAUAAAUCCAUCCCAAGCUCAGCACGGGGAGGUCGUGACUUUGGAAGAGGUGGAACCCGCAGCAAGACUUCAUUCAAUGGCAGGACAGAUGAUUCAAGACCGAAUGAUGAAAGUCAGAGAGGGAGUCUGACUGAUCAAUUGAGCCAGAACAAAUACGAAUGUAUGGUUUGCUGUGACAUCGUGAGGGUGGAUGAUGCCAUCUGGAGUUGUCAGCAGUGCUACCACGUCUUUCAUCUAAGCUGUGUCAAGAAAUGGGCGCAUUCGUCCAUGCAGAGAGAAACCAAAAGUUGGCGAUGUCCUGGAUGCCAAAAUGUUACAGAUCACGUGCCCUAUCAGUAUCGCUGCUUUUGUGGUCGGAGGAGAGAUCCAGCCUACAUUAGAGGAGAGACCCCCCACAGUUGCGGAGAAACUUGCAAGAAGAGACGCAAGGGCAACUGCAAGCAUCCUUGUACUAUCUUGUGUCAUCCAGGCCCGUGCCCCCCUUGCAGCGCCAUGGUGUGGCAGAGCUGUGACUGUGGCCAAGAUAGGAAACACAUCCGCUGUUCUACGGCCCAGGCCUAUCAAUGUGAUAAAGUAUGUAAGAAGCCAUUGAAUUGUUCAGAGCAUACAUGUGAUCAGAUUUGCCACACGGGACCUUGUGCGCCUUGCUCCGUCUCAAAACAACAAGAGUGCUUUUGUACGAAGACGUCUCGUACGGUUCUGUGUGGCACAGAAAACUUCAAGAUGGUUUCAUUCAGCUGUGAGAAACCUUGUGGAAGAACGCUGAGCUGCGGCAACCACACGUGUGAGGAGCUGUGCCACCCCGGGGAGUGUGCACCCUGUCCUCUGAUGCCUGGGCAGCUGACCACCUGCAACUGCGGCAAGAUGCCCAUCGCCCAGCUGAAGGCGGCGGAGAGAAAGUCGUGCCUGGACCCGGUGCCCACUUGUGAGAAGCCAUGUGAAUUGCCUUUGGGGUGCCCAGUGAAAGAUGGGCCCCCACAUCUCUGUGAUAAAAUCUGCCAUGAGGGUGAAUGUGGACCGUGCAAAAAGAAGACUCGUCUCAGAUGUGUGUGUGGAGGUGUGGAGAAGGAAAUGGAUUGUUCAGUAGCGAUGACAUAUACUGCUGUUGACCCGUUCAAGUGUCAACGUAGAUGUGGCAAGAAAAAGUCUUGUGGGAAGCACAAAUGCCUGGAUACUUGUUGUGUGAAAGACUUUCACAUUUGUGAUCUCGUAUGUGGAAAGAAUCUGGCAUGUAUGAACCACAGAUGUGAGGAACUAUGCCACCCAGGCUACUGUAAGCGCUGCUUGCAAGCCAGUUUUGAUGAGCUGACGUGCUACUGUGGUGCUGAGGUGCUGGAGCCCCCAGUUCCGUGUGGGACAAAGUUACCCGAGUGUCACCGACCAUGUACAAGGGAUCACGCAUGUUCCCACCCUGUCCGUCACAACUGCCACGCAGAUGAGCGCUGCCCUCCCUGCACCGAGCUGACAGAACGAAUGUGUAUGGGAGGUCACAUGAUGCGAAAAAACGUGCCUUGUCAUAUGACAAACAUCAGCUGCGGCUACCCGUGUCAGAAGAUGCUUUUCUGCGGCAAACAUAAGUGCUUGAGGACUUGUCACAAGGAUAGCUGCCUCAAGGCGGGAGCACCGUGCCCUCAGCUUUGCACCAAGCCCCGGCCAGCCUGCGGCCACCCUUGUAAUGAGCCUUGUCACGAGGGAGAGUGUCCUGACACCCAGUGCAAGGCAGAGAUGACCAUCUUGUGCCCGUGUGGAAACAGAUCUGGGCGAGUCAUCUGCUCUCUGGGCGGUGGUCAGACGUCAGAGAUAGAACAGUUUCAGCGUCUGAGCGUCCUCAGUGUGGCAGAGUCGGGCGGCGGUCGCAGUGUGGACAUGGCACAGUUCUCUCAGCAGAAGAAAAACCAAAGGAGGCUGGAGUGUGAUGCAAACUGUUCUGUCCUGGAGCGAAACCGACGCUUAGCAGAAGCGCUCGAAGUCGAUGACCCUGACCUUGAAGUGGAAAAACCAAAGUAUUCAGACUUCCUGAAAGAUUUUGCCAAAAAAAACCUACAAUAUUGUAUGAGUGUGGAAAAGACUUUAAACGAACUGGUCUUGGCUUCAAAAGAGUCAUCACAAGCUACCAAAUCUCAUUCGUUCCCACCAAUGAAGAAAGAGCACCGUCACUUUAUUCACGAGCUCUCCGAGAUGUAUGGAUGUCGGACGCAAAGCUUUGACAAGGAGCCUAAUAAAAAUGUGGUUACCACAGCUUUGAAGGAGAGGAGUGUUCUUCCAUCAGUGCUACUGUCACAGUCGUUGAGCCAGAACCCCAGCAGUGCUGCUGCUGCUGCUGCUGCUGCUGCUGCUACCCCUCCUCCUAUUUCAUCCUUGAAAACUCAAGGAGUGAGGUUCAAGGUGCUGGACACCAAGAAAACUUCGUUGGAAGAGAGCAGUGGCUCUGGCAAGGGAGGUUUGAACCCGUGGGGCCGGAAGGAGCCAGCUAAGGAAGAGGCAGCAGCACCAAACAGGGGCUGGGAGCAGACGGGGGCAAAGGCAAAACCCGCUCCCUCCAUCGAUUACUUUGACUUCACCACCAAUUAG